AUGGUUGUGGCUGAUGAGAACAAGUGUAUCAUAAUGGUCAACGUCACCAUCCCAUUUGAGAACCAGCAGCAAACUUUUAUUGAAGCCCAAAAGCAGAAUUCCCUGGCAGAUGCCCUGAGGAGCAGGGGAUAUGAAGUGAUGGUGCAGGUGUUGCUUGUCAGGGCAUUGGACCAUGGGACUCCAGCAAACAAAGCCAAGCAUCCCACUGCUGCACCACACCAUCAGACAGUCCUGGGACAUCCACGAGGAACACAUCACAGCCAAGCGUGGCCCGUCAGCCCCGCGCCGCCCGAGCCCACCGCCCAGGACCCGCCGCUGCUGCGGGGCAUCUUCGAGGUGGGGAAGAAGAGCUGCGACGUGGUGCUGAGCGCCGGGCGACUGCGCUGGAGCCCCAUCCAGCCCGAGCGCCCCGCUGGUGAUUCCAAUACAGUCUUACAGUGUAAAGAAGAAUUCAUUGAAAUGAAAGAUGUUUUUUCUGUAAAACUGAAACGUCGUCGUUUUGUAGGGCAGAAAAAAGGUGGCACAUUAUUAGGUAUCACACUUUUUGUAUGCCUGAAAAAAGAAGAAAAUAAGCUCAAGGAUUCUACUGUCAAUUUUAAUAAUUUAAGUGAAGACCAUUGCCAUGAAUGGUUUAGGUGUUUGAAGGAAAUUCUGAAUGGCUUUCAGAACAGACCCAAAUCCCUGAAAGUGUUUGUUAACCCAAACAGCCAUGAAAGAGAAGCUCCUCGUGUUUAUUAUGAACAAGUUGCACCUCUCUUUAAGCUUGCUGACAUCCAAACUGACGUCACAGUAACUGAAUACAAAGGACAUGCUCUCUCAGUACUUAAAGAAUGUGAACUCCAGGCAUUUGAUGGGUAAGUUUGGU